AUGGCGUACGGGGAAUCAAGUAGCUCAAAAAAAAGGUUUGCCAUUAUUGGCAUCUCUUCGACACUAUUAAUAGCACUAGUGGUGGCCGCGACUGUUAGUGUUGGCCUAAAAACCACUACCCAUGACAACGGCAGCAGGACUUCCGUCAAGUCACAUGAGAUAUCUGCCUCCAUGAAAGCCAUCAUUUCCAUUUGCCAGCCCACCAACUACAAACAAGAAUGUGUGAAUAGCCUCCUAUCCGCAUCUGGAAACACCACCGACCCAAAAAAGCUCAUUCAGGUUGGAUUCCAAGUUGCAAUGAAACAAAUCUCCGUGGCCGCGAAGAACUCCACUCUCUUGCAACAGCUUGAGAAGGACCCUAGAGCUACCAAGGCCCUUGACACAUGCAAAGAACUCUUGGGAUUGGCUGUUACCGAGCUCAAGCAAGCUUUCGACAGAUUGGGUAGUGACUUUGACAUCACUGAAAUUGAUACAAUGAUCAUGGAUUUGAAAGUCUGGAUAAGCGCUACUGUCACAUACCAAGAGACAUGCUUGGACGCAUUUGAGAAUAGUACUAGUGAUGCCGGUGAGAAGAUGAAGAUGAUAUUGAAGAGCUCCAUGCAUUUGAGCAGCAAUUCCCUUGCCAUGGUCUCCACAAUCUCUUCAUUCCUCAGUGGCGUAGACCACAAAGGCCUAAGCCGCCAGCUCCUUGUGGAUGAUGGCCUCCCUGUUCUUGGUCACGAGGAUUUUGAACUUCCUGAUGAUUUUAAUAAUCUUAAUGAUCUUAAUAAUACAUGGUAUUGGCCUGGAUUCAGGAAACUCCUUGCUGCUGCUAGUAGAGCUGAUGUAUACAAAGUUAAUAAGGCCGCGAACAUUAUAGUGGCCACGGAUGGAAGUGGAAAGUACAAGACCAUCAAUGAGGCCCUACAUCAUGUACCUAAGCAUAGCAACAUGACCUUUGUCAUCUACAUCAAGGAAGGUGUCUACAAUGAGCUUGUCCACAUUACCAAGGCCAUGACCAAUCUGAUGCUGAUCGGAGACGGUGCUAAUAAGACCAGAAUCACCGGAAACUUGAACUUCGUAGACGGCACCCCUACCUACAAAACCGCUACAGUUGCGGUCCAUGGAGCUCACUUCAUGGCUAAGGAUAUUGGGUUUGACAACUCAGCCGGUCCAGACAAACAUCAAGCUGUGGCAAUUAGGGUGAGUGCCGAUGAGGCAAUCUUCUAUAGGUGUGCGUUUGAUGGCUACCAAGACACACUUUACACACAUGUCCAACGCCAAUUCUACCGCGACUGCACCAUCUCCGGUACCAUUGACUUUGUUUUCGGUGAUGCUGCCGCCGUUUUCCAAAACUGCACUUUUGUGGUGCGCAAGCCAAUGCCAAACCAGUCUUGCAUUGUCACAGCUCAAGGCCGGAAAGAGAGGCGCCAGCCAACUGGAAUCAUCAUUAUAAACAGCAGAUUUACCUCUGAUGCCGCAUACUACCCUCUGAGGCAUGAAAACAAGGCAUAUCUUGGCCGUCCAUGGAAGGAGUACUCGAGGACCAUCAUCAUGGAGUCUUACAUUGAUGACUUCAUUCGGCCACAAGGUUGGUUACCCUGGGAGGCCGAUUUUGGGCUCAAGACAUGCUUCUAUGCUGAGUACAACAAUCGUGGCCCUGGUGCUAGCAAGGCGAAGCGUGUGACAUGGCACGGUAUCAAGAACAUUACGCCGCAGCAUGCUUUGGAUUUCACACCCGGCAGGUUCUUUAAGGGUGAUCGAUGGGUUAGGCUAUCUGGAGUGCCUUAUUUUCCUGGCCUCACUGCUUGA